AUGGGUUGUCGGAAAGCAUUUUUGCUUCUAUACUUUCUAUUUUUAGUCCAUAUCCACCACAACCACUCUUUUAACGCGAUCUCCGCUGCUCCAAAUCAUGAAUCGAAGCCGGACGGUGAAGCUUUCGUUGGCAAAACCGCGGAAUUAUCUAUCGUUGUUAAAAAGGGUGGUGGAGGCGGCAGAGGCGGCGGAGGUGGUGGUGGACGUAGUUUUGGUGGAGGCGGACGCAGUUUCGGUGGAGGUGGAGGUGGAGGCCGCAAAGGUGGAAGAGGAGUGGCUCCGUUAGUUGGAGGUGGUGCUGCUGCUUCCCACCACCGUGGCAACCAUUCAAGCGGUGGUCGGGAAAGUGCUAGCGUUUGGUUUGGUUUAUUGACUUUACUCGGUUUUGUUUUGGGUUUUUAGGGUUUACUUAUUUUGAUUGCCGGUUUAGGUUAAAUGUUUGAUGUCGGUUUUGCUUGCUACUGGUUUGCUCUCUGGAUAUAAACACCACUCGGUUUGGUUUUGGUU